UCCAAUGAUUGGUUAGUUAUAAUAUUAAAUAAAAAUGUCUGAACAAGACGAUGGGUCAAGCGACGACAGCUUUUACAAGGUUGAUAAACGAGAAGAAGACAAAACCCCAUUCAAAGAGAAAGCAAAACUCAUAGAAUCUCUAAAGAGAGACUUUAAUAAGAAAGAGUUUUCAAUUAAGUCUCUGGAAAGGAAAACUUCAAGAAACCCAAAGAAUAAGGGAGCUCAAGUCAAAGCUCAUAUUAAAAAGAUGGAUAUCUUCUUACAAGUAUGGGAUUUUCCUUCCCCUACAGACUACAUGAACUGGUUCCUUUCGAAUAUUAAUACCUUGAUCACUCCGAAAAUGAGUGUCAAAACCGAGUCAAAGUCAGUAGGAGUGCUUUCACUUGAUCAAGACUCUGAAGAGAAGAGCUUUGACUGAGAUUACAAAAGUGUUCAUUCCUCAACUAUGGUAAACUGAGACAAGGAUGAGGAUCACCUACCUUACUUUGAAUCUAUCAGAAUCUCUACGGUCACUUGGAAGGGGAGUAAUUCUAAUGGUGAGAUAAUUGGAGAGAAAAUUACACCUGAGACAAGAGUAAAUUGAUACCUUGACAAAUACAAUAUCGUAAUUUGCCUUGAUUUUAGUCAGAGUAUGAGUGCUGUAGAUGAAAGUGCUUGAAAAAUGUACUUCCAAAAGAUGAAAGAGGUGGUCAAUGCGACCUUAUUUAACCUCUCCUGAGCCAUUAAGAAAAAUGAUAGAAUCAAUAAAGAAUCUUUCAUCUUUAAGCCAAGGAUCUGACUCACUAUCAUCGGGUGUGGGCUCCCUGAUUUAACUAGUAAUGUUAAAAGUAACGAGCAUAUUUGCAGAGAAGAUAUAGUUGAAAGUUCUUUACCCAUACUUGUGCUUAACUACGAGGUUGAUAUCGAACAAAUCUGGGCUCUCGUUCAAAGAGUGAACUCUCAAAUUUAUAGAUUUGAAAGCCUUGCUCAAAAGAUAAUCAACAAGUCAAAUACGAGGUACAGAAGUGAAAGUUUGGAUAGAAUUAUACAAAAUAUCAUCUUUGUUCUCACCAAAUCUGAGCCGAAAUCUUUCCCAAUUGUGAUAUUAGUCACUGAUUGAUGAGUGUCCAACAGCUAUGGGCCUUACUACAACAGCAUGAUCAUGCAGCUAUGCAGGCUUGAUGCCAAAUGAAUAGUUGUGUCACUCGAGAACGAAACGAAUCACAAAAAUAGUUUUGGAUAUAUUAACAGCCAUGAAGCCUUCCGGAUCCUUGCAAUGGUGACUAAGGGUUAUUAUUUAAAAUAUAAAGACUUCGAGCGCUACUCGAAAUACUCUGAAGAUUCUACUAUAAAAAUAUAGAGAGAGUGAACAACAAGAAUAGACUAACUCCUCUUCAAAAGAUUAUCUUUUGUAGACCGAUUUACUAUGAUUCAAUGUUUAGUGACAACAGAAAUAUUGCUGAUUUCAGGACAUACUUGGCUCAGAGGAAGAACAUUUACAAACACAAGAACAUUGGAAGCCAAUUUGAGAUUAUGAACCCAAACAAGCUGAUGAAUUAUGUUUUUGCGCCUGUGUACAAGAAACUCCAGUACACUGAAUACACCUUAAAGUGCCCUUUCAAGAGUAUCUGAGAAGUCAGGACUUUCGAGUCAUUUAUCCUAAGAAGUAUUAAGACAAAGGAAGAUUCAGAGAAUGCUCUAAAGUCGGCUGAAUUUGUGUUUUACUGGAGCCAAAAUAUCCUCAUCUCCUACAUUCUUUGUGAGAUCGUCCAAGACAAAAGAGUUGGGCAUGGUCAGGAGAAAUUAUUGAAAGCUGUAGUUUUCAUAACUGCAGACGAGGAGAUCUUGAAGAAGUUCCAUGAAGAUAAACAUGUGAGUAUUUAUCAAGCUGAGAUGAGGAAGAAGUACAAACAUUCUAUGGUCAAAGCUCCAACCUCGACUUAUGAGAGAAUCCAGAGAUUUGUGAAAGACAUUUUCACUACAGAUCGCAUCGUAGCUAAUUUAGAGCAAUUAGGAGAAGCAUUUAGAUCAGAAAGAAUUGUUCAUAAAUACUUUAACGAUGGAAAAGAGCCCUUUAUGGAGACCCAGAAGAGCAUUGACCAUACCACAAGGAUGAACAAAUUCUCAUGGUGCAAUGAUGAUCCUGAAUAUUUAGAAAAGAUCGAAACAAUACCUCGUUCAAAGCUGGAGCAAGCUGAAAAGAGAGAAAAAUAUUUAUACCACGCCCUUAGUUUUAAGAAGAGGCAUGCUAAGCUUUUAGCUAAAAUUAAAAAGAAAAUGGAUGUGUCUAAUUGGCACAGCAAUCUGAAAGUUGGCAGAUUUGAUAUUCUCUGCAGAAGCAUAAACCCUCUGAUAUCUAACCCAGAGCAAAAUAAAGAGAUAAUCAUCAGAAGAAUGGUCUUCAAAGUGUUAUACAAGUACUGAUCAUUAGCUCUAAGCAAGGAUCUUCUUGUCAAGGAUAUCUCAACAAAGGAUGAAAACAAACUGAUCUUUACCUCUCUAUCAUGGAUGACUCCAAAUUUCUGUGUAGUUUUCGUUGGAAUGUAUAACACAGAAGGAAAUGAGCGUCUCAGAUAUCUCAAAGAGAUCGAAUCUAUCUUCACUAACGAGGAAAUGAAAGCCAAAGGAAUUACAUACAUCCUCUACGAUAGUAGAGUUUCAAGCUUAUUGGUAACUUUACCAAUAGAUGUGAUAAACAAGAGAAAAAGGUUGGAAAGACAAGCUGAGCUUGAGAAAAACAACCCAUCCUACAAGACGAAAUCUACUCUAAAUCAUGAGAUGAACAACUCUGGGGAUUUCAAGGAGAUCCCUAACUACAUUUUUAGAGCAGAUUCUAUGAAUAUCUUCAACUUUGUUCCCUACAAACAUGUGAGGCUAGCCAAUAGUUUUUGUAAAUAAAUGGAUUUGGUGCCAACGAAACAAGAAAAUUAUCCAAGACUUCAUAAAUAUCAUCGCUAGGCACAGAAUCUGUGAAGGAUUUGAACUAGUGCAUACCUGAAAUGAUGAACUGCUAUUCAUCAAAGUCGUCAAACUUGAGAAGUAUUACACUGGUAAGAACUGAGCAAAAGUGCAGUCCUUGAUUCAGUAUCUUAUCAAGCAGGACAAAAACAACCCAACCUACGUGAAGACAGAGAUUUAUUUGGAGAAAGAGAGUGGUCACUAUCAUAUAAAAUCUGAGAAGAAGGACCCUGAACAUCAGAAGAAAGUCUCUUGUGAUGAGUGAGAGUGUCAUGAAAAAGAGGAGGAAAUAAAGAUUAAGGAAACACAUGAGUGCUGUGAUAGAUGAGAGUUCUCUCAAUCUGUUUUAAAUAACGAAAACAAACCUAGAAUUAAGUUCUCAAGUCGGAAGAAAAAGAGAGUCAAAGAUGUGAGAUACAGAGAAAUUAAUUUCUUCCAACAGCUUUGUAACUAUUUUACAGGGAUGGAUAAGUUCUUGUUCACUAAUAUCUGUACUUACCAUAACUUGUUAACUAAUGCACUAGAGAGAAGAGUUGACAUGACUAGGGAUAAGAUCAUCAAUAAACAGCCUAUAACUUCAGAGAUCUGCUACUUCCAAGGUACUAUGGAUGACAAGUACAUCAAUAUUAUCCGUACGCUUCAUGAUGAAAUGAGGAUGAAGCUAAAAAUCAUUAUGAUUAAUGAAGACAUGCGCAAGUAUAUGAAAGACAACUACCUAAAUAUACACACCUAUAAUAAGGAAAAUGAGAAAAAGCUACUUGAAGAAAUUGACCAACUGAGAGGUUCUGAUGAUGACAACAUUGACGCGCAGAACAAUGAUGAAAAGGAAGAACAGAAGCAAACACACAAUGAAAAUACUAUUCAUGGGUGCUCCUGUGCUCCAGAAAAGAUUUUUGGUGAGAAUAUUGGUCUCUCAAUUGAUUUACUGCUAGACAACUCUGAAAAGAUCGGAGAAGAACACUUCUAUGUCCCUGACGUGCCUGGAUCACUGAUAUUAAAUUCUGAAUUUGGGCAGAAAUACUAUGAGAAAUUCUAUGGAGCUCUUCUUAAAGUGUUUGAAGACUUUGCUGACCACCAGAUUGACUCUCAAAAAUAUCAAAAAGAGGAAAAUUUCUUCCUUAAAUGUAUUAGCAAGGACCAAUUAUUUGUGAUAAAGAUAAAUACUUUUGAGAUUUUCUAUCGGAAGUCAAUCCGAUUUAUCAAAAAGGGAAAAGAUGUGUUCAUAAAAGCUUCAUAUUUCCACAUCAAUAAUGUGUUGCUUAACCUGAGUUAUAAUGACACCAAGAUGAUUCUUCACAACCUCAACCCUCAUUAUGAGGUCACACAAGAAUGGACCAAGGAGUAUUUUGGCAAACAGAAAAAUAUCCAGAUUGAUUACUCAGAUUUUGACCUAGAUUACUACCUUGAAGAAGAGAAUGAAGACUGGCUCAACUUCGAGACCAAUGUUUUGAAAGUUAUCAACAAUUUCAUGAAUUUCUUGAGGCAACAGCACAGACUGCUGUUCUCUGAAUCUUGAAUUAAGAUCAUUAGCCAAGGAAAUGAGGUGAUUCCAAAGGACUUUAUCAGCCUGAAAAAUUCAACUUAUUGCUUAUCUUUCAAGAUAAAUAUUACAGAUCUGAUUUUGCUAGCACUUGAACUCCAGAAAUUCCCUCAGCCGAUUAGAGAGGAAAAAUUUAAAAAGGUAGGCACUGUUGAAGAAGAAUGUUUCGAGAGAUAUGAGUCUGCCAAGCAGCUACCUGAUCUUUCUAGGAUUACCUCUGAAAAGGAAGCUGAGGAUAUGACCCCUAAUACCCACCAUCGCAUUGAAUCAUUUAGCUCCGCUGUUGUCGGUUCAAAUGAACAAGCUAAUGAUGAUGAAUAUGCUGAAAUUGAGAAGAACUUCGAUGAUAUCCUCAUGAAGGGACAUAUUAAAGACAGCUCUUCAAAUUAUUUAUUUCUGGGAGCCGAGAAUAGUUCAACCAAUAAGAAAUCUAAAGUCGAGCCUGAGCAUCCUCUCCUCUUCUACAUGCUUGAGAUGAUGUAUUCUGAUCGAUCAGAGUGACAAAAGAGCACGAUAGAUAGUUACUCAAGUAUUUUUGACAUGAAAAGUAUCAAGAAAUUCAUUAUUUCUGCGAAAUACAUCAAGGAGCAAACUGUAGAUGACAAUAAGGUCAACAAGUCCCAAGGCUAUAUCGGAGCUGCCCUUGCACAGAGCAGGAGUGAGCUCUUAGAUUUUGGCAUUGACUCCCUUGACAAUAUCUCCCUCAUCCAGGACAAUUAUGAUGAAGAAGAUGAAGAAAGCAACUUGUCUUCAGCAAAUGUAAUUUUGAAAUUUGAGCUCCUCCCAGAAGCUAUUGGAAUACUGUGGGAUGAGAAUAUAGAAGAAGACCAAAUCAUCCAGGAUUCUGAAAAGAGCAUUAAUAUAAAAGACUUUGAUAAAAAUUUCAUCAAUGUGUUCCAAGAGGACUGGAAUGAGAGCAUAGGCGCUCAAAACGAUGAUUCUUACGAUUCCAGACUGAAUGACUUGCUGAACAUUCAGGAUGGGAGCAAAGUUAAAGGAUCCUUCGGAAAGAACUCCAUUUCAUCUCUCAUCCCUACUAUUGUUAAAAACAGAGAAGGAGAGCACCGGAAUCAUGUAUUGAGACUAACUCAGAAAACCAGAGAAGUUAUUUACAAUAAGCUAGUGAACUUUGUCACAUUCUUCAUCAAACAAAAAUUAAACCUGAUGAGAUAUCUCCGACCAAUGAACAGCUCAAUUAUAAAGGAGGUGAUGAACUGCUUGGAACAAGUCAAUACAAAGACCAUUGAGAUCAAUAUUGACCUGAAAGGCUAUACCGCCUCCAAAGAGGUCUUACUCAAAAUGAUGACUGAUGAGAUAAAGUCAAACAAGGUCAUGAAGUUCGGCUACCAAUCUAUCAACGAUGGAGAAGAUAUUUUCUUCUCUAUUUCGACUAAAUAUUUCCAAAAUUUUAGGAAGAAAGACAAGAUUUUCGACCAGAAUGAGGCUCAUAAUAGAAAUUUCAAAGAGAGCAUCAUUGAGUCUGGAAUAAAUGAAGGACGUAAUUGGAGAGACAAGAGAGCAGCUAUGAUUGGUAAACCUGUCAAAAAUGCGCUAGGAAACAAGAAUAAUAAAAAUAUAAAGCCUAGCAGAUUCCUCAACUUUAGACACACAGAUAACUCCAUGAUUAGGAUGAGUAGUGGGUUUAUGAACGGGUUUAAAUUCAGUGACCCAGAUACGUACACUGCGCUUGGAGACUUUGAAAUUGACAUCUGGAUGCUACUCCAGAUCAUUAUUGCACCAAAAGAAGGCACUAGCAAAUCUGAUAUGAUCAAAUUAUCAGUUAAAUGACUCUGUGAUGACGAUGAAAUUUUCAAAGAAAUCGAAACUAAGUUCAAGAAAAUGACCCAAGAAUUUGAAAACAAGCUCAUUACAAGGAUUUUACUAGUCAAACUCAAUGAAUCAAGAGAGUGGCCUACAGAUUUAGUCAUUAAUGACCCAGAGCUGAUCAACAAGGAAGAAGAAAAGGCAAGCGUUAAAAGCAGCUUUAUUCAUCAAGAAGAAUCUUCCUCAAGAAAGGCAUCUACUUCAGAGAAAGUCCAAACUGAAGUUAAGAGGAAAGCUGCUCCUCCUGCUAAGAAAAGUGUGAAAUUAUCAAGAAUGGAAAAAUGGGCUCAGAAAAUGAAAUCAGUUGAUUCCUCAAAUCAGCCAGAUAAAGAUGAUACUAAAGAUAACAAAUUUACAUCCCCUGAUAUCUCUAAGAUGAAAUGAAUGAACUGUGGAUUGGAAAAAUGAUCUUGAACUCAACGUAACAACACUAUUACAAAGGCAAAACUGCUAGAUUUCUCGAAGCAACCUGAAGAUUCUCCCUCUAAGAGAAAUGAGGGUACCGAGGUAAUCGCCUUGGUGGAAGAAGAUGAGGUCAAGAAUCAGAAAGACCUGAGCCAGUAUGAGAUAAAGCUAGUCUUCGUCCACAAGUAUAAAGUCCCAGCCAACAUCAACAUUAAGUCGAUUGAUAACAUGAAUAUCUUGAAGAAUCUUGAGUGUAACAGAAAGAAUAUUUUUGUUAUUAAGGAUAAAUCCAAAACCUUUGUGUUCACUCUAAUAGACAAGAGCGAUGAUGAUCCAUUCAGAGGUGUAAAGACAUCAGCUUCUGUCUUGGUUCAUUCUGACCAGGUCAGACAUCAGGAGAAUAAUAUACUUUUAAAGCUGUAUGGGGUUUCUGAUCCUAGCGAGGACUUUUUGAAUGAUAUUGUCCAUACUAUUGAUGCUCAGAUCAAACAAAUUACUCUUAUGUUGAGAGCAAAAACAUUGCUGAGGAAGAAGCCUAAUCUCGAUGAUUAUGCCUUCAUCAAUGAUCGAAGUGAAAGAGUAAUGCUUGCGUUUAGGCUACCUCCAUUCAUCCAAGCAAUAGUCUCCCAGAAUUUCACACAGUUACUUGAUGAUUUGAGGAAAAAUCUAAUCGGAACUUGCAUUCCAUUUGAAUUGGAGGAGCCUAGCAAGGUAGAAUUUUUCAAUGAAACUGGAGAGAGAAACUCAUCAAAUAUUAUUAAGAGCUCUUUCAGAAUUUCAAACGCCUUGAAAAAUUCGACAGUUUCUCGAAGGAAUGUCUCUGCAACAAUGAUGGAGGAAGUUGGUCUUGAGAAUAGGAACAAAGAUAUUGUAAACACUUUGCUCUAUAAUGGUUUCGGUGGUAACACUCAAGCUAUCAGAAGAACAAAUCUUGAAAGCCAUGCAGAUAAAUCUGAGAGGAGGAAUUAUGGAGCUGCUCUGACCAAUGUUAUAUUUGGAAUAAAGAAAGCAACGCCAGAAGAAUUCACUAUGAUUCUGAACCACCUUGACUCCUUUGCAGUCCCUACUUUAGACGAAGGGAACAGUCCCUUAGCCAAGCCAAAGGCUCAGAAGGUCAACAAAAGUUCUUUGAAGGGAAGGUCUGUUCUGGCCAAAAUAAUUUCUGAUGGAAUUAAAUCUACCAAAACUUCUAUUACAAAAACUCUGGAUUACAGACCUGAUGAUAGCUUAGAAGAGAAAGAGAAGCAGCUUAUGCACGAGAGCGAUCUCAAUGUAAAUUCUGUCCGAAAUACUAUUGAAAGCAAAAUAGUGAAGGAAGAAAUUCAUCCUGAAAUCCAGGAUUCGUACAUCUACGUUCAUGCUAACUAUAAGGGUGAAUUGAAAGAGGAAAGAUUUGCUUCAUUCUUACUUUCAAAACUGACAGAUACGAUCAUUGGACAGUUUGAUAAAUACCUUGAAUACAUCAAAAACAAGGUUUCCCUUGUCCCUACAUUCUCACUAGCCCCUGCUCAGAGAAAGGACACUAAACCUCUAAAUGUCACAGAGCUAAACCUCCAGAGGGAUCUAGGAGAUAGAGCUGGAGCAUUCUAUUUCCGUAAAAAGAGUGAUAUCCCAUAUUAUAUCGAACCUAAGACACCUAAACAAACUCCAGCGGAGCCAGCCCAGGAUUUGCUUAAAGAGCCUAUUCAAAUUACCAAAAACCAUAGCGUUGGAUCUACUCUAGAAGGUAAAGUUGAGAAAAGUAACACAGAAAAUAUUGAGGGUAACUCCUCUGCUUCGAAAUGUGACAAAAUUGAUGAAGAAGAUGAAGCCUCUUGUAAAGAAGAAAGCAAGGAAGACUUAGGGUCUUCAAAGCAAGACUCUAGUAGUAACUCUAAAGAUGAAUCUGAAGGAAAACAGCAACUUUUAGCUGUGGAGAAAUUGGUAGUCCAUAAGGCAAAGAGCAUCGUGAAUGAUGGCAAUGAGGAUUUCCCAUCUGAUAAUAUUAAGAGAUCUGCAAGUAUCAAUAUCAAAUUUAAGUACCCUGAGUUUGUGAGGAAAUCUUUGUUAUCAAUGAUACAUGAGCUGCACGAAGUCUUAAAUGAGAGCAAGAAGGAUUAUUUGAUUAGAAGCCAACUGGUCGUGAAUUGUAUCGAUCAAAAUGAGAACAUUGUUAAGACCUAUCUCAUUUUUAUCGGAUCUAACCCCAAAUAUGUAGAAUUGUUCCUCACUCUUAAUGCUGAUAUAAUUGAAGCUGAAGGACUUAAGCAAGAAAUCAAGAUUGUCUUUAAGCCAAGGAUCGAGGGGGCUCCUAACCCAACUGCUUAUGGUCAUGUAGAAGAACAAUAUCUCAAACAAAGGAUGAAAGGCUGAAUUACAUAUGAGAUCAGAGAGAACUUUUAUGCAAUCGACUUAGAAAGCCUCUCGACCUUGGAUGACAACUUUUAUGAUUACUUCAAAGAGGACAACUUCGAUGACCUCAAUGAUUACUUCCUAUUCAACUUGAUGCAUAGGCAAGAGUCACCUUCCAGAGAAUUUCUGAAGGGUUCUUCUAGACUCAGCCAGAGGUCUUCAGCGAAGGGAUCUGUAGAAUUUAAGGAGAUAACUCCAGUAGAGUUUGCUCUACUAGAGGACCCCUUCCAACUUUCACAAAAGAAAUUAAUCAGACGUAGCAAGAGUAUAGAUUUCCUACGAGAAGAAUUUAUGACUUUCAUCGGGGAAGAAGACCAUAAAAGCGAGGCUAAAGGUAUCGAAGAAGAUGAGGACUCUCUCUUAAAGUUCCAAGUCAACAACCUCGAGACCUUGAUAACCUCUCAGGACUUUGCAGUGAUUAUCAAUAUUACAAACUCUAAGAGCUUCAUGCAGGUCUGGGAAAUAGAGCAAGAUGUGGCCAAUUCUUUAAAAAGUAUCCUCAAUAAGCACCUUGAUUGGUACUUUGCCAAAUUUGAUUACACAGUGGAACUGUGUAUUACAAAUUUUGGAAAUUGCUUCAAUAGUGAAUAUUGGAGGAACAACGAGAGCUCAAAGAAAUCAAUAAAGUCACUAGGAAGUAAGAGCAAAGAGAUUAGGGAAGAUAAAGAAGACCCUGAGCCUACUGACCAAGAUCCUGACUCUGAAGAAAGCCAUGAUAAAGAGAUUCCGAAAGCUAUUGAGGAGCUUUACUGCUACUCUUGUUAUGCUUAUAAGAGAAGAUAUGACACUAAAGUUAGGAAAUUUAGCUGGCAUGAAUUUAAUAGAUCCAGAUUGCUCAGGAUAUUCUAUGCUCAAUCUCAGGACUCUCCGAACUAUGAAAAGAACAUGCAAGGACUCAACUUGAUUCAAAUUUUGAUGAAGCUGAGCUCUGAAGAAACUGCAGAUCUGGAGGAGCAAUUCCGUGAGUGUCUCUGGCAAUACCUGUCUCACAAUAUUUUGAAAUAAUAUGAAAUCAAUUGCAGGGA